AUGGCUGCCGCAAACAUGUUGAAAGACGGUUUUCAAAUCCAGUUCGCCUCUGUUAUGGAGAGUGUAUUGAAGACUGCAGUCACUGAGACAACGAAACUUUACGAAACAACUAUUGAGGAACUGCGAGCCGAAAUAUGCAGAAUAAAAGAAGAGAACGAGUACCUCAAAUCAAGGAUUCGAUCCCCUGAAAAUGCGAAGAAAUCGACGGGUGAAAGUGAAAGCCAAACCGCAGAGCCCAGACCGAGCCAAAGAACAACACGUAUCGGCAAAUGUGACAUUGGCGUUCAAUGCGGUGAGUUGAAACGUUAGCUAGCUAUCUAUCUAUCUAUCUACGUUCAAAUGACUCAUCCAUGAUCACACAACAUGAUAACUAGCUAGCUGAGCAUGAAGGCUCAAAGUUAAUAAUAAUUUCCAAAACUGCUUCAUGUAGUUACAUUUAAUUUGUAUAGACUACAAUAUUAGACAGAACAUAUGGUUUUGAGAGGUGUAGUCUGUUAUUAUGCAUUCAUAAAUGACUGAAAAGAGAUCCUUGAUAACCUAGGGAUUGAUAUGUCACCCAAAAUGAUAGGUGGGUCAAUAUCACCAUAAGGUGCCUUUGAGACUUCCCCAUUUCCCCCCCCCCAAAAAAAGCUGAGAUUUUCCAUUGAACUUCAUAUUCAUUGUAUUAAGUAUAUGUUAUGCUGUUAGAAAUGCAUAUUGGUCAAGCUCCCACACUUUUUAUAAAUUAACUGCAAGCAGACAAUUUACAUGCAAACAGCAAAAUAUGUCCACCCUGUCAUGGACAAUUUCAAAGCAGAAUAAAUACAUUGUAAUUACAUAGUGAUUAUAAAACGUACAUUUUCAGAAAACUAUUUAGUCACUUUCUCAACAAUAUAUUUUAGUUUAUGGGAAAAGUAUUUGGAUAAUAAUGAAAUUAUGGCAAACUAUUUGUUUCUCUAUAAAAUCUGCGAGAGUUGCUCUUUCUUUUCUAAAUAAAAUCUAACAAAAAAGAUAUCUGGUCAAACUUUCAAACAAUACUAUUUGGCCCUCAUUUGUUUAUAAAGGAAUCACACAAAAGAUUUUGCUAACUUGUGAAAAUAAUUUGUUUAUUUUCAUAGAACAUGAAAAUAACAGGGUGGACAGUGACAUGACAGGGUGGACCCUGGGUAUGACAGGGUGGACACGUUGUGAAAUGUAAUUGAAUGGCCUCAUAAAUGCAAGGAACAAUGCAAGAAAAUGAUGUAAAAAAUGCCUUUUCCCAUGUAGGGGGAAAUUAGAAGUUGAACAGACUGUUUUUGAUCCACUCUACCUGCAUGCAGCCACUGAAUAAAGAUGCCCAAAAUGAGACAUUAAUGUGGCCUUCUAGCGUUAAACUCUGUACAUCAUUCUGCACAGUGAAAGUCAAACAUUCAACUGUAGAACAAGAAGAAAAAUGUUUUUUAAGUGGAGAACAGUUGAUUACAGAAAGAUCACUUGGACGCAUCUCCAAACAGUCUCUCCCUUUCUGCAGAGACAUGGCUCAGUUCUGCAGUUGCUGUUCCACAUACUUCCAUGCAGACACUUCAAUCUGUACAGAGCGCUUGUUCAGAGCCUGUGGUUCUGGUAUUAGGCAAAGUACCUGCCAGUCAUGGUACCAACAGAUGUCGUCCCGAAGACUUGGCCAUUUGAGCUUGUUUAUGCCAUGGCGUUGCAUACACUUAACUUUCACACUGUGCCCUUCUGCAUCCAUGAUGAUACCUGGGUAUGCUUCAUUGUCAUAAUUAACGACGCACCACUCUCCAAUGUGCUUUACCUCAAUCAUUUCUGGUCUCCUAGGAUUAUCUGGUGUCUUUCCACAUGCUGGGGACUUGUCAGAUGAAACGGGAACAUUAGCUAGAGUGACCUCUUGAAGGUUAAAGCAGGGGCAGUCCAAAACACCUUCCUCCCUUUUACACAGACAUGAAAUGUCUCUGUAUUUCAUUUGGCCGGGUGUCAGACUGAUAGCUUGGUGGAUUCUCAUAGUGCCUUUUAUGGCAGCUAUUGCAGGUACCUCAGGCUUUGAUUCAAUAUCCCUCUCUGGGAUGAAGAACAGCUCGACAGAUGUGUCCAGGCUUUUCAGCUUGUUAUACAAGCUCUGGGCAUCAGGAAUGUCUCCUCCAUGGGCUACAAUCCGGUCUGCUGACCUCUUGAGGGCCCCACCCACACCGUCUGGUGCCCCCUUCCCAUGAUUAGCCUCAAAUAAAUUCCACGUUAUUUCUUUGAAGCCAUACUUGUAGGGUUCCGUUGAGAGGUAGAAUAAAUUUCCCUUUUGUCGAUACUGCGUUGCAGGCCCAAUCGCUGAAAAAAUGAAGUGUGCUGACUUGAGGGUGUCGUUCUCUCACUACCUUCAGAACUGGAUCAAGGUGGGCCCAGAUGGCCACAGGGUUGUGUCUUCUGGAGGGUGAUAUGGAGCAGAAGGUGUGUGGCGCUUGUUCACCAGUGGUGUAGAGCACUCCAGUGUGCAGACUGGCCUGCUUGUGUGAGCCUCCAAAAUGCACAGAUUGUAUUUCUUCGCUGUACUUACAUGAGUAAUUUUCGCUAAAAUCUAUAUGCAAGAGGGACUCAUUGUGCUUCAGACUCCUCCUGAGCUCCCUGUAGGCAUCAAACUGCCAUUUAAUGUUGAAGACAUGGCUCCUAAAAUGGAGAAGCCCCUCCUGGAAAUCUGUGUUAAGCUCAUGCUCUGUUGUUGUUAUCUCCCUUUUCACUGUUAUUAUUGACACCUUCUCAUCCUUCUUGAUCUUCUCUGUCAUCCUGGAGGGCCCUGGCUCAUGCUGAUUUUCAGGAGUUUCAGCAGGGGAGUUGGGUGGUGUCUCUGACUGUAGCAAAGCACUGGCCCUGUUUCUGGCUCUGGCUUGACUUUUUGCCUCUCCAUUUCUUUCUUUUUGCCCUCUUCUCUCUCUCACUGAGCUCAUUGACACCCUUCUUCUUUCCAGUCUCUCUGUCUUUUUUCCAUUUGACCCUUUCUUUCUCAAGGUACUUUCUUCUUCUGUCUGGGUCAGCAUCACGACGUUCCCGAUAUCUCCUUGCUAUCUCAGCUCCUUUUGAUCUCAUUCCUUGAAAAAGAAGAUUCAAAAUGUUCCCUUACACACUUUAAUUGGCAGUCCCGGUAAACUAGGCUUGCAUUAUCAAACUAGGUUUGCUGAUACCGAUAUCGCCAAAAAAAUUGUCCAUAUUGUCCAUUCUUACUAUGUAUAGCAUGUACUGUUAUAAAAUGUGUGUAACCAUUUUUAUAAUAACCAUGUAAAAAAAAAUUGGAUUUAGUAUCAUUUAACCACUUAUUACACACACUGUAGUUAGCAGAGCAGUGUGUGGGACAUGCCAAAAUCCCGUACAUCCAAUGAAAAUUUUUUUAUAAAAUGAAGGAAACACUUUUUUAGAGACUUAUCAUUCUACUGAUAUGUGUGCAAAUGUUUGGCCACUUAUAAUAAGACCUCAGACUUUCAUUAUUCUGCUACAUUUUCAUGAUGACUGAGUGAGUCUGAUGAGGACACCAAAGGCACCUCAUAGUGAUAUUGACUCAGGUAUAGAAUCCAUAGAACGGGCUUGGAACCUCGAACCCUGGCAAUUUGACUGGAUUCUAUUUAUUUGGUUGCAACAUAGGAUGUUGAAAUGUUCUGUCACAUCAGUUGGUUUCUAAUCUUUAACUAAGCAUUAUUUUGUGCUUAUAUCUUAACUACCACUCUCUCCUGAUCUGUUAUUUCCAUUUCUGACAGCGCAUGCUUUGCCUCGGGCUGGGGAGCAGCACCAGCGUGAGGAGAACCAGGGGAUGGAGCUGCAUCGUGGGGCCUACGACGAGGAGGGCAACCCACAGAUGGCCUUCGUACUGAUCAAACAGGAGUUGGAUUGGGUAAGACAGGCUUCUAGCCUGAGUCCCCACCUAGCCUGAGUCCCAGAUCUGUUUGUGCUGUCUUUUCAAUUUAUCCACCUCUCUAUUGUUGUCGACCCCAGAGAAAAGAAAAACCUUCACACUGCGCUUGCUAGUAUCACUUGUUUAUUUAAACUUACUUACAUCGGCCUCACAGCCUUUGUCAGAGUUUUUGUUGACCCUGAGCUGUUGUGGUUGUCUCCCCCCCCCCCCCCCCCCCCGAGGAGGCAGACUAUUCUGAUGACUACUCCCCUGGGUACAUACUGCUGAAGCAGGAGGGGGGAGAGCCCCCGACACUGGUCCGUAGACAACCUCUCAGAGAGUUACCAGGCAGAGGUAGGAACUAGGGAGACCUGCUUCUGAAUCACACGUUAUUACAAUGUAUUAAAGAGUAUUGGGAUGAGAAACAAACUCUAAUAUCUCUAAUAAUCUCUCCACUGUUAUUAUUUUGUUCUUUCUCUGUCUCUCUCCACUUCUCCCUCUUUCCACUAUCCCCUCCACCUUUAUCCGUCCUGUCAAUCUCCCUCCCUAUGUAGCCCUGGUCCCUCCUGGAGCUGUCAGGGCCCUGGUCAACCGUUACACCCAGGAAAGGCCUCCCACCACCCAGCCUACCUCAGGAGCCGCAGUGGCCCUCCUCCAGGGAGAUCCAGACACCCAGGAGGCCCCCCAGGCUCUCAGCCCAUCCCAGCCCAGGACCAGAGGGGUUACCAGGGGCAGUGCAGGCCAGGACCAGGCCUCUGGAACAGAACAGCAGUCACUGGUAAUACCAGUGGCAGAGUCUCCAUCAACAUUACACCUGACAGCAUCUUCUCAAUCACCAGCCACUAUCCAGUCUACAUCAACUGUCCUGUCGACUGUAAUGGUCCAGUCCACGGUAACUACUCUGUCAAAAGAAACUGUCCAAACGACCACAGCGGUCCAGUCUACCGUAACGGCGACAGCAGCAGCGUCAGAGCGCCCGCCACCUGUCCUCUCCGGGUUACCCAGUACCCCUCUUCAGGAUACACAGCCCAGCCUCGUACCCCCUCGUCCACCCCGACCUCCUCGAGCACCACCAUCACAGUCUCACACAGACGUACUACCUGUAGCUCGUCCAAUAGUAGUGCCCUCAACACAACCAGCUAGGCCUACAGCCGUACCCGAUGGACCACCGGCCGCACCACCAACACAACCGCAACCGCCUACAGUUUUGGAGCAGUCGGGUGUUGCCACGGCAACUCUGCCAACACCGGUCCAGUCCGCUCCGUUGCUGACUUUGUCUGAAGAACUUGCCGGCCCCCCUGAGAAGCAGGCGUCGUUGGUCACUGAGCAUGUGCAACGCUCCUCCACCGUGCCACCUCCGAAGUCACCUGCUGUCCCAGAGACAUCUGAUGAAGCCCCUGUACAGCCGUCAGCCCCUGCUGUAACCACACCCUCACCCUCUGGCCCCUGUCAAAUGUCUAAGACACAGUUUUUAGCUCAGUUGUCAGUAGUACCCCUAGUACGCGACCCCGCCGAGGGUUGGAGGAAGACGAGGAGGGGGAGAGGCUUUCCCCCCUCCCUGCCAUGUCUACGGAAGCUGUGAUGACCAGGUCUGUCGCUACGGAGACGACCCCCGCCGGCGAGAAAAAGGAGGAGAUUGUUGUCCAGGUAGGCGGCGGCCGAAAGUCAAGUCCUCGUGAAGCGAUCCUCUCUGGUCUCCGCCUUUGCUUAAGGUCCCGCCCCCAGGACAGUACCCCAUCUCCCGUGGUUGCUAAGAAACUCAGAGGAGAUAGAACCGCCCCUCUAGACCACGACUACUCAAAGGUGAUGCAGAACGGAGGAGAAAAGUCCAGUGAAUCACACGUUGACCAGGAUGUAGUAGAGGACACCACUAACGGUGUGACGGCUGACGACAAGUCUACUGGACAAGGAAGUAGUAACCAAGUCAUCAGUGAGGAAGAGGGAGGAGCUAACACUGAUGUGACCUCCCCGACUAGACAGUCACCUAUUGGUGGAGGAGGAGGCUUGUCCGAAUCCAAGAAGAGAAACAUGACCUGGGUGCAGGCUCAGAGAGGUUUGGCCCUAGCCCAGGCUAAGAGGAGUAGGUCAAAGGUCACCAAGGCCUCACAGCGUGGUCUUAAGUCAGAGCUUAGAGGUCUAGUCACACAGACACCAUUUCUGCCUUCCACCCCACAGCGCCGCCGGUCGUACAGCCCUAGCCCUCGCACUGCCUCCACCUCCAGCCCACGCUGCACCAGCCCUCACGGUGCCCCCAGCCCACGCCGCACCAGCCCUCGCCAGGCUACGGGGGCGAACGUGAACCCUUCUCCUGCCACCUCCCCUCACCCACAGCCUCACCCGUUCAAGGUCACUUCCACCACCCCUCGCCGUGGAAGACCUCGUUUGGUGGCUGCGGCAGCAUUACAUUUGAAACGGUCUCCCUCCACCCCUCAACCUGUCCCGUUCACUGGCAGCCUUCGCUCUGGCUUCAAAAAGUCCCCUCAGAGCCCACUGAUGUUCCAGCAGGCGCGGUGGUACCGCCAAUCACAACCGAUGUGGUCGCCACCGUACCAGCUCCAACAGUCUCCACGGAAACGUCUGGCCAAGAACCAGUGCGCAGACUGCGGUCGUGUCCUGAGCAGCGCAGCUGCUUUAGAGAGCCAUGCAUCCCUCCACACGGGGAAGCGCCCGUUCGUCUGCUCCGCCUGCGGCAAGGACUUCCCCAACCUCAAGGGCCUCAACCGCCACGCCCGCGUCCACGGCAACCAGCGGGGCCACCAGUGUCCGCAGUGCAGCAAGACCUUCGUCUACCGCUUUGGCCUGACCAAGCACGAGCAGAUGGUCCACAGCGGCGUGCGCCCGUUCGCCUGCCCGAUCUGUGGCAAACGCUUUGCCAUUCGGCGCGACAUGGAGACGCAUCUCCGCGUUCACACUGGAGAGAAACCAUUUGCCUGCUCCCUCUGUGUGAAGCGGUUCAAGAGGCGUGUGGAGCUGAAUGUUCACCUGAGGUGGCACAACGGGGAGAAGAGACACUGGUGCUCAUACUGCGGGAAGGGAUUUCUGGAUUACAAUAAUCUGAAGAGGCACAAACUGGUCCACACCGGGGAGAAACCCUACACCUGCUCCGAGUGUGGCAAGCACUUCAAACAGACUGGCCAUCUGAAGAAACACUUGAAGACCAUACACAAAGACAGAUAA